GCAAGCAAGCAAGCAGGCAGGCAGGCAGUCGGGGCUGUAGCAUUCUCUCACUGAGUGUGUCAGCUCAGCUGAACACGUACAGUACAGCUAGUUACUGUUAACAGAACACGCACACAGUUGGUGUAUAUGCGGGCUAGCGCGCACACUUGAGCAGGCACCGGUUCCUUAUCUAAUUCAGACAGCGGGGGAGCAGUCAUGGACCUAUUCGAGUUUGACUUCUUUAGGGAUUGGGAACUGGAGCAACAGUGCCAUUACGAGCAGGACCGCAAUGCACUGAAGAAGAAGGAGUGGGAACGACGCACUCAGGAAGUGCAACAAGAUGAGGAUCUCUUCUCCUCUGGGUUUAAUCUGUUUGGAGAGCCGUACAAGACAGAGGCGUCAAGUCAAUCCACUUUGGGGGGGACCUACAAUCCAGUCCAGGUUUUAAAGACGAACAAGGGAGACGCCCUAGCGAACCGCGUCCAGAACACACUGGGGAACUAUGAUGAGAUGAAGGACCUGCUGACCAACCACUCCAACCAGAGCCACCUGGUGGGCAUCCCCAAGAACUCUGUCCCACAGACCCCCGUGGAGAAGACGGAGCAGCAGAGCUUCUUCCCCGAGGCCCAGAGGAGCAGGCUGGCCCCAUCCACUUCCAUGCCCCUUCCUCCCCCCUCCUCCUCCUCUUCCGGCCCCCUCACCAGCUCCUCGCUGCUGCACGCUUACCAGAGCAGCAAAAAGUCCCGCUCAUCAGACUGGUCCCGAGGCGGACAGUCGGGCCAGGCCAUUGGUCAGCAAUGCAGCCAAACAAAGCACAGUAGUUGUUCCCACGAGCCGCCCCAGAGAGGGUGUGAGGAAUUGUGUAGCAGCCGGGGCGACUUGCAUAAAGGGGACUCCAGCCCGGCCGCUUCCUCUUCCCACUCCAGGAGACACACUCACUCCUCCAGGUCCGCUGCAGGAGAUCACGCCUACAAGGAAAGCACACACUCCAAGUCACCCAUGGAGCUGGACUUCAGCUCCCACUGUUCAAACUCUCCCGUCCCUUCAACGUCUCUCAUUUCCAGUGGGCUUUCCACUCCAAACUUCCCGCCCGCUCUGCACUCCAAGCCCAGCAUGGUCCAGCAGAAGCCCACUGCCUAUGUCAGGCCGAUGGAUGGCCAAGACCAGGUCCCCAACGACUCCCCCGAGCUCAAACCAACCAUGGAAAUCGGGGAUACCUAUAGCAACCCGCCUUUCGGAGGCUUGCUGGAGGGGAAAGCCAGCUCAAUGAAUACAAAGAGCAAGCUGCCAAAGCUGACUUUACCUCCGUCUGGGGAGGUCAGCCUUUCAAAUGACCCCAGCUGUGUUGAAGAAAUACUGCGGGAGAUGACCCACUCAUGGCCGCCGCCAUUGACAGCAAUUCACACUCCCGGAAAAGCAGAGCAGACCAAGUUCCCCAUUCCAUCCAAGGAGCCCCAGCAUCUCCCCUCCGGACACAACGGACCAAAACACAGCGAUGCUCCCAACAAGGCUGCAACCAAGCCUGUGCCACAGAAGUCAAUGCUGGAGGAUGAUCUGAAGCUCAGCAGCGAUGAUGAAGACAGCGAGCAGACUGCAGAGAAGACCAAGCCUAGAAGCACUCCUGUAAAUCUCCCCGUGCCUCCCACACGCACAGCUGAGUCAGGACACUCGAGCGGCACCUCGGGAAGCUCCAGCGAGUCAGAGAGCAGCUCGGAGUCGGACUCGGACAGCGAGAGCAGCUCCAGCUCCAGCGAGUGCAACGAGGGCUCCCGCAGCGCCACCCCCGAGCCAGAGCCUCCAUCCACAAACAAGUGGCAGCUAGAUAAGUGGUUGAAUAAAGUGACCCCCCACAACAAGGCUCUGAUCAACAGCCAGACUGAAGGCCAGGUGCUGGCCAGCGCUCAGUCCGAGGACAGUCGGCAGAAUGAGGGACCAGGCCAGGGCAAGGGGAAGGCCAGCGAGGGGCUGCCUCAGCCUGAGAUCAAGGAGCGGGCCUUGCUCAGCCCCAUCAGGGAGAGAGCCAAGCCCCGGACAGGCCAGAAGACCCUGGAGGGCAAGAGCGGCAAGCUCAAAACCCCGGUACAGGUGGACCUGGCCCCUCCCCGGAGAACCACUGGGAAGAAGCAGCCCCUGAAAGUGGAGAGGGCCCCCAGCGUGGAGGAAUACAACUGGCCCAAACCCAACAACCCCAGCUCCACGCCAAAAGAGAAGGAGCCACCGCCCCUGGAGCAACCCAAAGCCAGGAGCAAGGGGGGCAAGACUGCCCCGCGGAAAGAGCAGAGGUCCAACACGGCAGCGGCACCUCCCCCAGACAAGAAGAAGCACAGGGGGGUGAGCAAGAUCGUCCCCAAGUCCAAGGAGUUCAUCGAGACUGAAUCAUCUUCUUCAGAGUGCCAUUCAGACCAGGAGGAUGUGGUUAAAGUCCCUGCUCCCUGCAUGGGGCUGAGCAUCACCGGCAGCUCUCUCAAACCCAAGGACUGCAGCAGCAAUAGCCUGAGCGUCAGCAGCACUUCAAUAGACCCAGCCAGCAGUGACUUACCAGAUGAGAACUUCUUCUCCCCCGCCCCCAUGGUCCAGAAUGAACUGCUGUCUCCCUUGAGGGAAUUCGAGGAGAUUAAGUCACUGUGGGUGAAAAUCGAGCUAAGUUUUCUGUCUCGGAUACCCGGACAGGACCCCCCAGAUCCGGACCCGGUGAAGCCUGAGCCCAGGGACGCCAACCUGAAACACCGGCGGCAAACUCCAGCUUCGACGGCCCCCGAGAAACCCCCCAGCAAAUCCAAGAGGAAACACAAGUCUGAGAAUUCAGAUGCACUUAGUGGCAAUAAGAAGCUACGGUUAGAGAAGUCCUCAGCGUUGCUCCCCCCUUGUAUUUCUCCAAUCCACAACCACAAGCCCGCCAGCACUAAAGACUCCUCCAAGCAGCAGCCCAGGAAACGUGAGGCGAAGCUGCUGCCCCCCCCUCUGUCUCCGCUAUCCGACGAGCCCCUCCACAGUGAGAGCAGCUCCUUGAGCCAGGAGAACAGCACCUCCUCCUCCUCCUCGCACAAGCACCGCAAGGGAGACAGCAAGCCCGCCGCGCACACCAAGGCCGUGAGUCAGGAAGAACCACCUCUUAGCAGGUCCUCCAGCAGUUUCCCUGGCAACAGGCAAACAGAGCCUGACCUUUGGUCUACCCUAUCGCCAGUGUUGACGGAGCCUCGGAGGCCAAAAUUGACGUUUGACGACACCCUUCACAAUGCAGACUACUAUAUGCAGGAAGCCAAGAAAUUAAAGCACAAAGCUGAUGCACUGUUGGAGAAGUUUGGCAAAGCCGUUAAUUAUGCAGACGGCGCCCUGUCCUUCAUCGACUGUGGGAACGCGAUGGAACGAGACCCAUUAGAAGCCAAGUCUCCGUACACCAUGUACUCUGAAACAGUGGAGCUCAUCAGGUAUGCAAUGAGGUUAAAGAACUUCACAGGAAAAUCUUCUACAGUAGCUGAUAAGAAGCUGUCUGUUUUAUGUUAUCGGUGUUUAUCGCUUCUCUACUUGAGAAUGUUUAAACUGAAGAAGGAUCAUGCAAUGAAGUACUCCCGCUCCCUCAUGGAAUAUUUCAAGAACUCUGUGAAGAGCUCCCAAGCACCGUCGCCCUGGGGGGGCAAUGGGAAAAGCACAGACACCCCAUCGCCCACGUCUCUGAGCCCCUCUCCGGUCAGCUCUGUGGGCAGCAGCGUGGGCACCGGGGGCUCCUCCUCUUCCUCGGGCAGCAUCGCCAUCCCCCAGCGCAUCCACCACAUGGCCGCCAGUCACGUCAACAUCACCAACAACAUCCUGCGGAGCUAUGAGCACUGGGACACUGCCGACAAGCUGUCCCGCGAGAGCCGAGAGUUCUUUCAGGAGCUGGACUCAGUGAUGGAACCACUGACCCAACACAGCAGUAUGACCAGCCUGGUCCGCUAUGUCAGGCAAGGACUGCACUGGCUCCGUAUAGAGGCUCACUUAUUAUAGUGACCGGACCGUACUACUGCGCUGUAUAUUAUACAUCUUCAUCACUACCUCUACCAGCGUACCGACCCGCACACCCCACCCCAUCAGCCAACCACAGCAUCUUCAGCACUUCCAGCAGCAUCGCCCGCACAGGGGGGUCUAUCUGUUAUACAUCUUCAUCACUACCUCUGCCCGCGCACCCCACCCCUUCACCCAACCUCAGCAUGGACAGCACUUCCAGCAGCAUCGCCCGCACGGGGAUCUCUGUCUUCUGGGUACCUUUUUUGUUUUGUUUUUGCCUCACUGCUUUGGGGUUUUGAGGUCCCUCCUGCUUCUACUCAAUGUUGCAUUCUAAGUGUAUACAGCCCCCCAGUUUAGAGACAGAAGCUCUGCAGCUGCAACUCGAGGCUGCAUAAAGAAAAGCAGAAUAGAAAAGCACUUCAAAACCAGAAGCAUGUAUUUGCGCUCCCAGCUGUAUUGCAAUAGGUUUGAAUGGUACCUCUCAGUUUCACUUCCCGAAUUGACCCCUCUCUUCUAUAUUACAAUACAAGCACAGCGUUGGCAGCUUGUACGUGUUAUUCAGAUUGCAGUGAGAGUGUGGAGUCCGGUGCUGUUCUUGAGGUCUGUUCUUUUUUUCUUGUAUCUCAGCGGCCUACUCUAGGGGGCUGUUGAAAGUAACGUCAGAUCAUGUGGUUGUGGCAGGAUGAAAGUUUGUCUUAAUGUUUGACAACAGGUACGUGUGUUCACAUUUUUGAGUGGGUAGCACUUUGCAUUAAGGGAGACUACCGGGGUAAUAGCAUGUGUGGUUACCUAGUAAUUACACUGUUAAACACUCAACUACACAAGCAAAUACAGUGCAAUUACAAAACACGCUGGUAAUGACAAACAUUUUCCAUUUAGUGAUCAAACAUGUUGCUGCAUUGUACCUACACAGGAUGUGUGAUGACUGUGUUAUUAUAGCACAGUUAGAUGCACUUAAUGUAAAGUGUUACCAUUGAAUCAUUUUUUUUAAAUUGUAAAAUAGCCAACGAAAGAUAUUGCUAGCUGUGAAAUCCCUAGGACCCUUUUUGUAUUACAUUUUAUAGAACAUUUGUAUUUGCAUUCAAUGCGUUGCUUCCAAUUUUUCUCAACCCUGUUUUGGUGGCAUUCAUUCCACUGUUUAAGUUCUUUUGAACUUGCAUACAACCUAACCAGGAAAGGGGCAACAAACACAAGCUUCCAGAUCACUCAAAUGGAAUCUUACAAUAAUA